AUGGCAAACUCAUCUACCCAACCAAGUCGCAGCUCAAGGCCACGCGGAAGCUUGGGAUCGAAGUCAUACCAAAAGCUUCACAGGCCCAACGCUGAGGCCGCCGACGCCACAGACGCCGAUAGCACUCAGCCACAGACCCAGCCAGACUCUCAGCCACAAUCUCACACGUCGGCCAGCCCCGCGCCUGGCCGGAAGACAACCCCCAAGUCCUUCAACAACACCUACAAUACCGCGAAGCUCUUCGAGAAGCAGAUCAACCAAGACACGGCGUCGAGCUCACGCCCUUCUGCUCCCAGCCCGACAGCGACAUGGGCGGAAUCGACAGCACCCCUGACCCCACUCAAUGUUAGGAAACCCAACGAGGCGCCGCGGCACCGCCCGCAAUCGACAGUGCAGCACCCGCGAUCUGCAGGUUUGCUAGAUCAACGUUGCCAGGUCGCCAUCCUGCCACACCAGGACCUCCAACCACCCAUGCUAUGA